AUGACCAGUGGAACUAGCACAAGCACUAUGAUCCUGCCAAUGCUCAACACCACUACCGCGAAGCCCACAACGACGCACACAGUCUAUCUGGGCACUACGACGACAACCACGACGACUUUCGUUGCUGCCCCUACGAAUGCCACAACAACCUUCGCAUCAAAUGCAACGAUCAAGGCAACGGCCGCGCCCACGGCGACUGACAAGAAGAUCUCAGGAGCGACUUCGAAUCUCUCGAGUGGCAACUUCAUCGGCCUUGUUGCUGUGGCCGUCGGUGUCUGCGUGGGCACGCUCUACUGA